AUGGGCUCGUCGAACAACCCGAAUGGUAACAAGCACACCGCCGGCGCCUGGACGCCACUUGAUAUCGGAAAGCCUUCCACCGUCGACUACGUGAUCGAGGGAUCUACAAUCGUGCUUAAUGCACUCAAGAAUGCAGGCUCAGUGACCGGUGUUCCGUUCUUGAGCGAGGCAGCCGGUACAGCGGUGAGGAUCUUGACGAUGGCUCAGGAGCAUAUUCGGCAGCUUCUUGAGAAUCUUUUCACGAUAGACAAGUUCACUAGCAAGAGAGUCGACCGGGGCUACGUCAAGCGAGUCAUUCAUCAUAACAGGGACAAGGAACAGAUCGAGCAGUUCAAGGUGAUGCUUCGGCAGUCAUUGGACUUGUUUGGCCUUCAGUCGACUAUCACGAUACAGGACAACGUACACCGUGUCUUGAUCGCCGUCGAAACCCAACGCGAGGAGUUACGGAUUGAAAGAAUCAAACGACAGAAGGAAGAAGAGGAGCGGAAGAGUGAGGCCGAAAUCAAAAGGAUUCGAGAGGAGGAUGAACGCGUCGCUCGACUCGAGGAAGAGGAGAAACGCCGGAAUGAGAAUGAGCGCUUGAAGAAGAAGCUCGCGAAGGAAAAGAGACGCCGAGAGCGAGAGGAAAAUCGCCGUGCAGCAAGUGAGAACGACGCUGAUUCUUCCGACGAAGAGAAACGAAAGCCUUCGAGGCGUCCCGGUCCCCAACCUCAGCAGUUCGCUCAUGGGUACCCGUAUUACCCUGUGUCUCCACCGGCGCCCAUGUCUACUCCGGGAUACCCGUCGAGUCCAUAUGCACCGUCACCGUACCUGCUGGCGCCGCCUACGACGCACUUCGGUUCUGUCUCGCUGAGUAACAUCUCGGGCAGUGCUAUCAGUCUCGGAGGGACGACGCAGAACGUCGUGCACCACAACAACUCGGGGAAUGUGACGAACGUCGAGAUGUCGAAUAUGAACAACGAUAAUUCCGUACGAUACUAUGGAACUUGCAACAACUUGAAAAGAGAGUCGUCAAGGCAGACCAACUACAAGAAAGGAAUGGCGCACCGCAGGACUUUGGCGUUCCGAGCCAUCGUUCUCUCCGCAGAGCACUUCGUCCCCCGAAGCCCUCGACCGAGAGAACCUUCAAGAAUAGCCCCAACAGCACAGCACGUCCAGGAUAUGGGGUAUACAUCAACUCGAAAGCCGGAGAAAAAGAAUGGCCGAGGCAGUGACGCUUUCCGUGUCCACCGUCCAGCUGUUACGGAGCUCGAGACGGCGUUUGUGGCUCGAGAAGGAGGUUUUGACCUCUCGUUGAGCUUUCUCGCAGCAUUCUCACCAGGCCAAAUCUUCGUACCGCAGAAGGGUCGGUUUCCGAACGAGAACGUCGUCGCAACAGCCAAGUUAACGCGGAAGAGUGUACUUUACGCGCCUGAAAACGCCAAAUACGCACCUCCUGAACCCCUCGAGUGUCCGUCCUCCGCCCGACAAUCAUCACCGUUAUCGCCUUAG